CAAAAUUUUUUUUUCUUUAUUUCCCCCAAACGCCAAACGCGUCUUUUCUCUCUCCUCCCUUCCUCGAUAAAAAGGCCGAACCAGAACUUAAAAAAAAAAAAGAAUAUCUCAGGUCCAAUUCGAUUAGGGUUUCUUCAGGGCGGCGGAAAAUAUAAAGUUCUAAGCUUUGAAGCUCCAAGCCCAUUAAACUCUCUCGUCUUCCUCUUUGCGCUCUCUCUGCCAACAAUUUGAAAAUAUUAAUUAAAAAUUCCUUCGACUGUUCUCCAGAAGAAGGCAAAACCAUCUGCUCUCGGAAUUUUUUCCCGCGAAAUAAGGGGUAUAACAUCUUUAUUUGAAAUGGAUGCUGCUAUUGUUCCAGUGUCACCUAUUACCCCUAUUGUUAAUGCUGAGCCACCUAGUUCUGAAAUGCAGCCUAAUAAGCGGAGAAGAAAGAAAUCCGCUGUCUGGGAUUACUUCACUGUAGAGACUGUUGGAGAUGGGUGUAUUAGAGCCUGCUGUAACCAGUGCAAAAAAUCAUUUGCUUAUAUUACUGGUUCAAAGCUUGCUGGCACAAGCCAUCUCAAGCGACACAUUGCCUUGGCAAUCUGCCCAGUGAUCCGUCAGAAAAACGAACAGACACCAGGCUUAAUCACCAGGAGUGCUACUGGUCAGCCCAAAAAACGCUACAGAAAUGCAAGCACCCCUUUUGAUCAGGAGCACUGCACACAUGAGAUGGCUAAGAUGAUUAUAAUGCAUGAGUAUCCGCUCCACAUUGUGGAACACCAAGGUUUCUCUGAAUUUGUGAAGACUCUUCAACCGCAGUUCAAUAUGGUGAGCUUCAACACCAUUCAACAAGAUUGUGUAGCUAUGUUCCUGAGGGAGAAGCAAAACCUUCUCAAUUUUAUUAGUGGAAUCUCUGGAAGAGUCAGCCUAACAUUGGAUUUGUGGACUUCUAAUCAGACUGUGGGCCAUGUUUUCCUGACAGGACACUUCAUUGAUACUGAAUGGAACUUACAUCGUCGUAUCCUUAAUGUAAUCAGGGUUCCUUAUCCUGAUUCCGAUGGUGCUAUUAAUCAAGCUGUUGUGUCUUGCCUAACUGAUUGGAAUUUGGAGAACAGACUAUUAACUCUCACUCUUGAUGAAUCCUUUGCAAAUGAAACCCCAAAUGGAAAUCUAAGAGGCUUUUUCUCUGUCAAGAAUCCACUAAUGCUCAAUGGCCAGUUAUUGAUAGGAAAUUGCUAUGCUCGGGUCAUCAGUCAUCUUGCACAAGAGGCAUUAGGGGCUAUGGGUGAAACUGUCCAGAAAAUUCGUGAAAGUGUGAAGUAUGUGAAAACUUCGGAUGUUUGUGAAGAUAAGUUUCUUGAGGUGAAGCAACAACUUCAAGUGCCUAGCACAAAGGAUUUGUUCAUUGAUGACCAAACAAAAUGGAAUACAACAUACCAUAUGUUGGUCGCUGCUGGCGAACUAAAAGAGGUAUUUGCUUGUUUGGAAACUGCUGAUCCUGAUUACAGGAUUGCUCCAGGAAUGGAUGAUUGGAAGCGGAUGGAAAUUCUCUGCUCAUUUUUGAAGCUUUUCUUUGAUGCAGCUAACAUACUGACUUCCCCAACAUAUCCAACUGCCAAUUUAUUCUACCAUGAAGUGUCAAAACUUCAGCUUGACCUGACACAUGCAGCUUUAAGCCGAGACCCCUUUAUUAGCAACCUGAUCAAACCUUUGAAGGAGAAGUUUGACAGAUAUUGGAAUGAUUGCUGGCUCGUUGUAGCAAUUGCUGUGGUACUGGAUCCAAGAUUCAAAAUGAAGCUUGUAGAGUUCAGCUUCUCUAGGAUCUAUGAUGAUGAUGCUGGAAUGUGGGUCAAGAUGGUUGAUGAUGGUCUUCAUGAGCUCUUUUCUGAAUAUGUUUCAGAGCUACUUCCUCCACCUGAAACUUUUGUAGAAGAAGGUAAUGAUGGUGAUGUCCCCAAGAAUGAGAUGCCUGAAAAAGGAACCAUUCGGGAAAAAGAUACCUCCCAAGAGGGAUCUCCUCAGGAAGCACCUACUCAAGAUGAAUCUCUUCAAGUAGCCCCUCAAGAAGGAUCGUUUCAAGGAUCCUCUGAAGAAGCAUCACUUCAAGGACCCCUACAUGACGGAUCAUUUCAAGGACCCCAGCAAGACGCAUCACUUCAAGGACCCCCACAUGAUGGAUCAUUUCAAGGAACCAUGCAAGACGCAUCACUUCAAGGACCCCUACAAGAUGGGUCGUUUGAAGCACCACCUCAAGAAGUAGCUUCCCAGGAUCCACUCAUUUCUAUUGGAGAUGGGCUUUCAGAUUUUGAGGUAUAUAUCUCUGAGUUUGGUGGUAGCCAGCAGAUGAAAUCAGAAUUGGAUCAAUAUCUUGAAGAAUCUCUUUUGCCAAGGCUAGCAGAUUUCGAUAUUUUGGGCUGGUGGAAACUAAACGAGAUAAAGUAUCCUACUCUCUCUAGAAUGGCUUCUGAUAUUUUGUCAAUACCAUUUUCAGUUGCUGCCCCUGAUUCUGUGUUUGACACGGAUAGAAAGCAGAUGGAUAGCUACCGGAGUUCAUUACAUCCAGUGACAGUAGAGGCUCUCAUUUGUUCCAAGGAUUGGCUUCAAUAUGGAGCAUCAUCAGCACCGGAGUUUGGGAAUGGAAUUGUGAAAAUGGAAUAUUAGGUGUAGAUUUCUUUUUAUUUUGUCUUUCUACAGGCUACAUUUUAUUUCGUCUUUCUACAGGGUACAAUAGUCUUUUAGUUUUGAUGUUUUGCAGUGGUUUUCUUCAAUUUAACUCUACUUCCCAAAUCUAAUCCCCUUUUUUAAUAUAAGAUGGUUUUUUUC